UAGGUUGUUAAUAGUGUUAUUGUGUUCUCUGGGAGGAAAUACAAUAUCAGUGAAUCUGGGAUAUUAAGAAAGGCGUUUGAAAUGAACCCCCCAUAUAAACAGCAGGGGAGCUCUUCCUGAGACGCCUGACUCAGGGGCAGAAAAAACCCAUUUUGCGAGCUUUGAAUUGUGGGUAAGACAUGUCUGCGCCCUGUCAUGAGCUCGGACCGCCUAACCUCUAUGCGAUAACUCAGUUCACCCAGUUGUAAACAAGGAUCUAUCGUUCAAACAGCGUCGGCUUCGUUCAAACACUGAAUCUUGAAGAUGUUGGAUAAUACGCAGAAAGAGCGCGUCUCCGGAGAGGCGCACACCAGAGCGAUUAUUUCCGAAAUGCUGGCGAAGAAUUUCGAGAAGCUGCCCGACAUUGAUCAGAAAAUCUUCGUCUACGGACACAUGUAUCUGGGGGGAAAUGCUGGGCUCGCAGGAGUGCUGUCCAACAGCUUUUAUCGCCGAGCUCUGAAUGUCAGAGAGGCGCGCAUCAGCUCCAACCUGCCGAUGGCCGUCCUGCCCUUCCUCACAACUUUUGCCUUGUACAGCGCAACGGUGUCCAACCCCCUCCUCUCCGGUGACCUUAACUGUCCCACCUGUGUCCUGUUUCGAGGUUUACUUGUUGGCGUGGUGGGCGGUGGGGUGUACCCCAUCCUCCUGGCCUUACCUGUGAAUAUGGGCCUCGCAGCCAGGUACAACACAGCACCGAUGCCAGAGAAGGGCAACCUGCUCCGGUACUGGAUGGACAUCUCCAAACCGGUCCUGAGGAGGAUGAGGCCAGUGCUGUUUCUCCAGGCCUUCUUCGGCACCUACCUGGCCAACAGGGACUUUGACACUUACACCAGACUGGCCGAGAUGACAUUUCACGCAGGCGGAGAAGAACUUAAAGACUAAAAUCUUUGAAUUGAACCUUAAAAUAAACCUUUUUUUUUUUUUGCUUUGAUUCACAACGACUGUGUUAUUUAGGCUUUAAUAUGGACUUACAGAUUACAAUUAAGUAUGGGCUGCGUCUCUGAUAUUGUGUGUCAAAGUUAACAUUAAACAGAUUUUUGGUAACACUUGCUUUCAUUCAUUAAGGAGAUAACACUGCUAUACAAAUAUGGCAUAAUCCUAAUCAGUAUGUUCUUUAAAUUGGUCUGAAACAAUUAUUGGAUUAGUCAUCCAUAGAAGAAUAGUCAGCAACAUUUUUUUAUAAUCUAUUAUCAUCAUAUUCAUCCUAAUCUCAAAUGUGUGGCUUAUUCCUUUUGUUUGUUACAUUGCAUUUUAAAGUCAAUAUCUUGCUUUGGAAAAUUGUGUUGGGCAGUUUCCACCAUUUUUAACAUGUUAUAGACAAAAUACUGGUAAUUUAGAAAAUAAUUGAAAGAUUUAUUGAAAGAAAAAGGAAAAUAAUUGUGAGCAAGUUGCAGCCCCUUCAGAGAUAAUGCUUUGGCUCUGUUGAUUGAAUUUAUCUUGACUUCGAUAUCUGCCUGGAUUGCAGAUUAAAUCUUAUGUGCUCAUCCAUUCACGUGGAUUUUCCUACCUAAUCCACAUCCACAUGCAAAUGAGGUAGAGGCUGUACAUCAACCCUGACUGUGUGAAUUCAUAGUCAGUGCAAUGCUUAGAUCAAGCGUGUCAUAAACAAAAUCAACUGCAGGCAAUCAACUAAGCAUGGUUGACUUUUAUUAAAGGCUUUUUUUAAGGAA